AUGACAUACAUUCGUAAGGACUCACGCAUUCUCGCAGACCAGAAACGACCGGCAGUCACCCGAGAUAUUCUGUGGGUUACGGUGAACGGCGCAACAAUCGUCAACUUCUAUCGCCAACCCCACUAUGACGUCUCCCUGGACAUCCUGCUCCGGUGGCCGGCACCAGAAAGGACCCUUGUGGCCGGCGACUUCAAUGCUAAGCAUUAUUCCUGGCAAACCGGACGACUGGAGGGCCGUGGAGAGGACAUUGCCACCUGGGCGGCCGAAAACGGCCUGAAUCUCUUGAAUACGGCUGACGAGCCGACGAACCCACAUGGCAACACAAUCGACUUGGCUUUCUCCAACAUUGCUUUGGCGUCCGCGGUUGUGGAAGACCAUCUCGCCACGAGCUCUGACCACUUCACUCUAAGUCUCACACUUCCUGAUGUUAGCCUGAGCCUGCCGCAGGCGCCGGGCAAAGUGCGUGUCACGACUGAAGAGGAGCUGGAACGCUUCAAGGAACUCGUUGCCGCCGGAGCUUGUCGGAUACCAACGGACACGGCAACAGCCUCGCAGCUUGACGCACUGGCCGCGGCGCUUGUUGACCUCCUCCAGUCGGCUGCUCUGGCAGCCGGUCGCCGCGUACGGAAAGGAAGGCGAAGUGCGCCGUGGUGGAACGACGAGUGCGCCGAAGCCGCUGCGGGAUACCGCGCCAUACGAAGAAUUCUCCCUUUGGGAUCCAGCCAGGAAGUCCAACUAGCAAGAAGAGAGUUCCAGCGUGUGGUCCGCCGUGCCAAGCGGCAGUAUUGGCGCAACCUCAUCGACGGCUUCUCAGAUAGCGCAUCAGUCUACAAGGCAGUCCGAUGGCUCAAAUCACCAGGAGCCUUCCAGCCUCCACCACUCCAAAUUGGCGACGAUGUAUACGAAACCCAGCUGGAUAAAGCGAAUGCGCUGAGACGCAGCACUCUUGAACGCCGCACGGCAGCGGAUGACAUCACGGACCCAUGGAUCCCGGUCCGCCCAGUCCGGAAGAUACCUUUCGCCCAAGAAGUCACGCUGGAAGAAGCAGAGGAUGCUACGAUCAAGACGGGAAACACCUCGCCUGGAGCCGACAACAUCACGGUCAAGUUGCUGCAAGCAGUAUGGAACAUCAUUGGAGGACACGUUUGUCGCCUCUACCAAGGAUGCCUAUCGGUUGGCCAUCACCCGAGAGCAUUUCGAGAAGCAGAAGUGGUCAUGAUCCCCAAGCCGGGAAAGAGAAAUCUGUCGUGCCCCAGGGCUUGGCGCCCUAUUUCUCUGCUCUCAUGUCUUGGGAAGGGCCUCGAGCGGCUGAUCGCCCGCCGCCUAGCGUGGGCAUCGAUUCAUUAUGCAGUCCUCCACCCACAGCAAGCCGGCGCGCUCCCGAAACGGUCGGCCGUCGACCUAGUCGCCGCGCUGAUUCAUGAUAUCGAAGAGGCAUUCGCACGCGGAGAGGUGACCACACUGGCCACUGCAGACAUUCAGGGAGCUUUCGACACAACCAUGUGCAACAGGCUUGUCCUGAGGCUCCGUGAGCAAGGCUGGCCCGACAAUCUUGCGCGGUGGGCAGGGUCGUUCAUGAGCGGCCGCUCCGCCAGAGUCAGGUACCAAGACAUCACGACACCGACGACGCCAUUACAGUGCGGUCUUCCACAGGGAUCGCCCGUGUCUCCGAUCUUGUUUUUGCUCUACACGGAACCGAUCUAUCGGCUAGGCAAUCCCGAAGGACGGUUCGGGUACGCGGAUGACACCGCCAUUCUCUGCACUGGACCAUCGCUGGAAGAAACAUCGCGAACAGCGUCGGAAUAUCUCCAAGAACUCGUGAACUGGGGCGCCGCCAACGGCAUUUCAUUCGACCCGAAGAAGACAGAAGUCAUGCACUUCUCACCGAGGAGGCGGAAAACCGGUGCAUGA